GGCCGCGGCCACGGGAUACGCACCUGCCCCGCCUCCGCCAGGCGGGCCACGGGGCAUGCAGUCGGCCGGGGGCGGGGCUCUGGGGACGGGACGCUGCGGCGUGUUUUCCGACAGCCUCCGCCAGCUGGACCCUGCCGAGCUCCUGAUGCUACUCUUGGACGCGGACCGGCCGGAGCCGGUGCGCAGCGGGGCGCACGAGCUCGCUCUCUUCCUGACCCCCGAGCCCGGGGCUGAGGCGAAGGAGGUGGAGGAGACCAUCGAGGGCUUGCUCCUCAGGCUGGAGGAGUUCUGCAGCCUGACUGACAUGAUCAGGAGUGACACCUCACAGAUCCUGGAAGAAAACAUCCCACUCCUUAAGGCCAAGGUGAUGGACAUGCGUGGCAUCUACGCCAAAGUGGACCAGCUGGAGGCCUUUGUCAAGAUGGUUGGGCACCACGUCUCCUUCCUGGAAGCCCACGUGCUUCAGGCCGAGCGGGACCACGGGGCCCUCUCACAGGCCCUGCGGAAGUGGCUGGGCUCCUCGGGGCUCCCCGCCUUCAGGAACCUUACGUCUGCUGAUCCCGAGUCCAGGGGAUUCUGGGCAGUGUCUGGAGAUAUUUUGAUUGUCACGAUUGGACGAAGCGGGUGGAAACCAGGGAUGCAGUUAAUCACCCUGCAGUGUACAUGGCAGUCCCCCCCACCAGAGAAUCAUCCAGCCCUAAAGGCCAGCAGUGCUGAGUUUGAGAAACGCCGUCCUAAGCUGGAUUUGAUCGUUGUAGCAGCUCAUGUCAGAUCUGUUCUGAGUGCUUUCUGUGCUCUUGUUUAUAGCAUCUAAUCCUCAGCAGUCUUUGGAGGAAGUUACUUUUUAUCAUCACCGCAUUUUACAGGAGACCGAGGCUCAGAGAGGUGAAAGGGCUUGCCCGAGGCCACACAGUGACAAGUGACAAGGCCAGAUUUGAGCCCUGAUUGACCUGUCUCCCCGGACUUGCCCAGCCAGCUGCUCUGUCCUGCCCCCAGCGGGUCUCUGGCUGCUCCUUGGGCUCUGCCUGCGGGUCCCCUUCUGCUCUGUUUUCUCUGUCCCUCCUGCCUGCCCCCCGCCUGCCUCAUGUCUCCACUUAGUGUUAUCACAGCGGCUCGUUUAUUGAGGGUUUUCAGCGUUCCAGGCGCUGCGGAGGCGUUUUGCGUAUUGACUCGGUCACCUUUCCCAGCCAUCCUUGCCCUCGGUGGGAGCGCCGUCCCCCCUUGGCAGAUGGGGAAACGGAAGGAGCUGCAGUCUUGCCCCUUUGGCCUGGCAUGAACUCGUUCUAUUUGGCUCAGGAUGCCUGACUGGGUGUCACUCUCUUGUCCCUGAUGGGUCCCCACUGCUCCAUCUUUUCCUACACCUGCCCGAGGCACAUGCUGCUUACCUGCCUGCC